AUUCAGUCUCAGGCCCUUAUCAUAGAAGGUUACGAUUCUCGUUCUAUCGUUAACAUGCCUGGCGGCUGGUUAUGCUUUUAAUGUUAACGAUUUAGUAACUUAUUUUCAAGAUUUUUUCAGUGCGCAGUAUUGAGUUAAACCAGGUUUUAAAGUUCUGUGAUCAUCUGCGAUGAAUAACUGGAAUUCCUAAGUUAUCAACAAUGCAACGUGUUGCAAUUACCUGCUUUUCUACGUUUUGAAAGUGUUUCCGUCUGCUGCUACCGUUUCUCUAAACAAAGCCAACAUGUGUUUGUAAAACGUGAUUCUGAGAAAACAAGAAGGAAGUUUUUCCCUCAAGAUGAUCAGAUUCCUGGAACAAUGUUCAGCAGACUCCGAAAUGGACAUCGAAAAGAUGUACGAAGUGGACGAACUAGCCCUGGAGGAGGACGUUCGGCAGUGCUUCUUGCAGUUGUCGUGCGACGAGGACACACAGAAAUUCCUCGACAAUUGCUUCGAGCAAUCCGAGUGGCUGAUCACUCAAAUAUGGCAUGCCGUCGCCAAGUCCUUCCUGGGCAUGUUCAUGACUCAGACUUCUGUUAAUGGGUGA